AUGAGACGAAUUGCUACACUGAUCUUACUACUGCUACAGAAUGCCUUUGCACAUCGUGGAGCCACUACCGAAGAACAAUUUAGGACAAGCUCUCCAAACUUAAAAUCAUUUAGCAGUUCAACACAUGUUCAAUCAACAGCAUCAUCCAUUAAAAAUCAAAAUUUGGAAGUUGACGUAAUGCAAAAAUUGCAUCAUUUGCAAAAAAAAGUUGACGAAAUUUUGGAAUGCUGCAAAAACAAUUGCCCCGGGAAGAAUGAUACUGUCAAGGAGGAAAUCUGCAAUGAGAAAUUAACAACGCCAAAGUUCAGGUCAAAGACUGUAAAAAUGGUACUCCCGAUACGGAAAUGUGUUCUUUGUCCUUGUCCAACAACUUCAACAAAUUGUCCAGUAAUGCCUGUUGACCACUGUCCAUGCAAUGUACAAAUUCGUCACCUUUUACCAUGUCCUAUCACUUCAGCAGAAGUGAUAGUACCUCUGGACGAUAAGGCAGCAAUCGAAUAUCUUCGAAAACUUGGAUAUGUGGAAGAAUUCAAUUUAUCAACUGCAAAUAUUUGUCAUCCAACAGACUUACCGGCCAGUAUAUUGUCGCCAGAUGAAGUUGCAAAUUAUGAUCUAAUACAACCAUCUUGUUUCGAUAAAACAGGAGCAGUGGUACCAAUACCAAUGCAAUCAUUUCAGGAUACAUUUUAUGCUCAUCAACAAAUACCCAUUCCGCUUUUAGCAAAUUAUAUACCACAACAACCUGUAUUUGGUGGAAUAAGUGGCAUGAAACCAAUGAAUUUCGCGCUUAUGCCUCCGCAGCAGGAAAAACAGCAACGGAAUAUGCCUUCCGGAACGGAUGAGCAACCUAAAUUGACAGAUUUAUUUCCAUCUUCAUCUGACACUCAAUUAAAGAUGAAUAACCGACCAACGACAACUAAGGGAAGGAUGGUUUGUUCAUUGGAUGAUAGGAAACAGUCGAAGGGUGUUGUUCGUCGCCAUAUAAUUCAAGGCGACUAUCGAGCUCCAAUUGGAAAAAAAUUUGUUCACAAAACAGCGGAAAAAUCGAGUAAAGCAACGACAAAAUACUCCGAACCACGCAAGAAAACACCAUAUGAACUGUGGGCUGAUCAGAUCAUUGAUAUGGGCAUUCGGAAUAUAAGGCGAGAAUUUAUCAAUACAGUAAGAACAUAUAAUCCAUCUGGCACGACGAACGCAUGGGAAGAUG